CGCCGAGCUUGAAGCUUUCGGCAGCGGCGGCCGUGAGYAGCGAGCCGGGCGUCGAGAGGCGCUCGGCCCCUCCACGGCGGAGCGUCCCCGCCGCCCGCGGCGCAUAAGGCCAAGGCUUUCCGACUUCAGCUACAGUGCUAGCUAAGUCGGGGAAGGCAACACGGAGUGAAGCCGCGCGUCCCCCCUUCUCUCGGCACCGGGCAGCGGCGGAGCGGGCCGGCAUGGCGCGGGCAGCGGAGCCGGAGGGCCGGCGGCGCGGCGGAUCUGUGAUUGCCUAUUUUACGUCUGCAAAGUUUCUUCUUUAUCUUGGACAUGCACUGUCCACUUGGGGAGAUCGUAUGUGGCAUUUUGCUGUGUCUGUAUUCCUGGUUGAACUUUAUGGAAACAGCUUACUCCUGACUGCCGUCUAUGGCCUGGUUGUGGCGGGAUCAGUUCUUCUCCUGGGAGCCCUUAUUGGAGACUGGGUGGACAAGAACUCCAGGCUCAAAGUGGCCCGGACAUCCUUGGUUGUGCAGAAUUCAUCUGUCAUCCUGUGUGGUGUUAUCCUGAUGAUUAUCUUCUUGUUCAAGACACAGCUCUUGACAUUAUACCAUGGAUGGCUUCUUACAUUGUGCUAUAUCCUGGUUAUCACAAUAGCAAAUAUUGCCAAUUUGGCCAGCACUGCCACAGCGAUCACAAUUCAGAGGGACUGGAUUGUUGUGGUUGCAGGGGAAGACAGAAGCAAACUGGCAGAUAUGAAUGCCACAAUAAGAAGAAUUGAUCAGUUGACCAAUAUCUUGGCCCCAAUGGCUGUUGGUCAGAUAAUGACAUUUGGCUCUCCRAUGAUUGGCUGUGGAUUCAUUUCUGGCUGGAACCUGAUGUCGAUGUGUGUGGAAUACCUGCUGCUCUGGAAGGUUUAUCAGAAAACCCCUACUCUGGCUCGCAAAUCUGCAAAAGUUGAAGCAUCAGAACUGAAACAGCUGAAUGUAAAGAAAGAGAGUGACAUGAAACCCGCUGAAGGAGUGCAGUUAAUUAUGGAGAAAGAUGUAAAUGGCUUUGAGCCCCAAGAGCAGAAGGAAGUCGGCUGCGCUGCCCGGAUUGCCGAACCUUUCAUAACAUUUCGGGAUGGAUGGGUUGCRUACUACAACCAGCCCGUGUUCCUCGCAGGCAUGGGCCUUGCAUUUCUCUAUAUGACUGUUCUGGGAUUYGAUUGUAUCACUACAGGUUAUGCAUACACUCAGGGGCUGAGUGGCUCUGUGCUAAGCCUGCUCAUGGGUGCCUCCGCAGUCACUGGAAUCAUGGGAACAGUGGCUUUCACUUGGCUUCGUCGCAAAUGUGGCCUCAUUCGCACGGGCCUUAUUUCUGGAGUCGCUCAGUUUGCUUGUCUGAUCUUAUGUGUCAUCUCUGUAUUUAUGCCUGGAAGUCCUAUGGAUUUGACUGUUUCCCCAUUUGCUGACAUCAGUGCCAGGCUGUUUGAAAAUGAGCCAUUGCCUACUAUAGCAUCUCCAGAAUCUGAAAUGAUUUUUGCAACUGGAAUGCCCAUCUUGUCAAAUGGGUCUAUUACUCCUGCUAACAGUGACCCAGAGAUGAGUCCUGAGCCCGUGCCUUUAGUCUCUGUUAGUCUCCUGUUUGCAGGAGUCAUUGCUGCUAGAGUUGGCCUUUGGUCCUUUGAUUUGACUGUCACACAGUUACUCCAAGAAAACGUCGUGGAAUCUGAAAGAGGCAUCAUAAAUGGUGUCCAAAACUCCAUGAAUUAUCUUCUUGAUUUGCUGCACUUCAUCAUGGUCAUCUUGGCCCCAAACCCUGAAGCUUUUGGCUUAUUGGUGCUUAUUUCUGUGUCUUUUGUUGCAAUGGGCCACAUAAUGUACUUCAGAUUUGCCCAGAAAAGUUUGGGAAAACAACUUUUUGUUUGUCACACUCCUGAUCCCAAAGCAGCCCCUGACAGUUCACCACCUGGUAAUACRUCUACUGUCUGAAAGGAUCCACUUCUCUCACUAACUUUGCUUCACAAAUAUCAUGGUUAAACACAUAUACUUUUGUGACCCUGUCUGAGGUGUUUCUCUAGAGUUGAAUGCUUAACUUAGCUGUUUGGGGAAGCUGUCCCAAGAGACAAAAUUCUUAUUGCAGUGACCCUGUAAAAAUGUUUCAUGUUUAACAGAGGACAGCCUAGUUKGAUCUCGACAGUUGCUGUAUCAAAGGAUCCCCACAGGUCAUGUGUGUGGUGUUUGAUCACAAAAAUACUGGUCAAGUUCCAUUGCUGACCCCCACAGUGAUACUGUUAAGUGGUUAUACAUACUCAGCUUACUCAUGAAUUCUGAAUUCUUGUAUUCAUUGAGUAAAAUCAGGUUCUGUUAUUUUUUUUUAAGUUACUUUAGAAUAACUUUUUAUACAGUGUUUUGUUGCUUGGAGUUKUCUCCAAUAUUUCUUUACCAUGAACAGUUCUGCUCACUUGUCUUCUUAAACUGGUAUAAACAUCCUCCAUAAAUAUGGGACUUUGAUGCUUGUGGGUUCCUUCUAACUCACAAUAUUCAAUGAUUCUUUUUGGAUGCUUCAGGUGGACUAGAUUUUUUUCCCCAAAACCUUUAUAGAAUUUUAUGUUUUGGUUUAACUUUAUGGAAACACCUUUGCAGGUUUUUUGCAUGUUUCCUUACAAUUUAGACAAAUAUUAGGUACAAGAUAUUGUAUUACACUUUUGUUGCACUUCAUAGAGUAGAACAGCRUCAUUUAGCAGAAGCUAUUGAUGUAAUAUUACAAAGCAUGGCUUUUUAAUUGCAAGUGGCAGGUUUGCUCAGGUUUGAUGUAGCAGAAAGUGCUAAGGUCAGGAGUACUGGUACAGAAAGAUAAAYUCUAGUGCUUACUUAGUUUUUGCCUCAGAGCACAAGCAGCUUUAGUUAAUUUUCCAAUAUAUCAGGCUUUAAUAGGGUUUCUGAAAACAAUUGCAUUUGAAAAUAGUUAAUAUUUUAUGCAAAAGGUGGAUUACUUGCAUUUAUCUCAUGUGUUUGUGAAUUUUGACUUUGUUCUAAAAUACCGCUAAACCAAUGAGAUGGUGGACUGAGAGGCCCUCUAAAGCAACUUCAAAACAAUGAAAAUGAUGCAUCCCUCUGUUCAAUAGUUCUUGCCCCUUUUUUGUUUUGUUUUUGUUUUUUUUUUACCCUGCAUGUGUACUAACACAGUACUUCCAUAGUCAUUAACCCUAUGUGCACUUUUGUGGAAACUACGCACUUUUGCUUUCCCAGUAGAGUUGAACCUGGUGGUGUUCUGAGUUUUCCYAUGGCUUGGCAGUCUGACUUCUAAAUUUAAAUAUUGGGAAAAUGUUUGUUUGCAAAAGAAGUAGUAUGUGAAAACAUAAUGUUAGCAACUUGUGAGAAGUACCCUCUGUAACUUUUAAAGGUUUUUUUUUUUAAAUUUUAGGUACUGUCCUUCACAGUCAUGUAUAUUGCCAGACUUCAGCCCUGGAAUGCAAGUGUU